AUUUAUUCCGGAAGACGGUGGUAGAAGCAGAACCGAAACCAAACAACACUGUAGAACCGGAAAAACGGAUCGCCCGCUUCUUUCGUUAGGAAUAACGAAUUCCAGGAGUUUUGAUUUGGAGUUUAAACAGGAAAUAGCCGCCGACGGCGGAGGGUCGCAGGAAAAGUGAUAUCUCGUCGUCGCCUUGGGCGUUUUGUUCCGAUUUCCCUCAUUUUGGUGUUUCCCGCUCUAUGUCCACCUUGAAAAUUCUAACUGUUAAUCACUGGUUGAUUCGGAGGAAUAUUUCGGAAAUUAAGUGACGAAUCGGUGAAGGGAAGUUCACCGGAUUAUUUUGUGAGAUCGGUGUAGGAUUAAGAUUCUCGGAAGUCGGCUGCCCUUUGUGCCGGUGAAUGUGCAGAGGUUUUUGGUUGGUUCAGGUAACGGGAAGAGGAAACGGAAAUAAUAUCGAGUUUGGAAAAGAUGGAGAGGUUUCUCUCUGCAGUGGUGGUUGCAGGUCAAUCCGCACCGGUCGGUGGAGUUUCGUUAUUGGAAAGCAUAAAAAUAGCGGUGUUACCGAUAGCAAAAGUUUUCACAGUCUGCUUCUUGGGGUUCCUGAUGGCCUCCAAGUAUGUUAAUAUCUUGCCGGCGAGCGGCCGGCGGCUCUUAAAUGGGGUAAAUUCAUAGACUUCUCUCUCUUUCGAUUCUUUCAAGUGUUUGAUAUUUAUUUCAGGGAAUUUUGUGAGUUUUCUGUAAAAUGCUUGAGUGUAUAUGAGUUGCGAUGACGGGAAAUCUAAUUUUAGUUUUCCGUUGACUUGUACUAAUUGAACAUUGCUAGUGUUUCAUUGCAGUUGGUUUUUUCACUUUUGCUUCCGUGUUUGAUAUUUUCUCAACUUGGGCAAGCUAUUACCUGGCAAAAGAUGCUUCAGUGGUAAGUUUUCUAUGUGUAUCCCAGCAGAAGCUAACGGAUUUCAUCUUAAUUUUCUGUUUGCCUUUCGAAAUCAUCAUACUUGGCAGGUGGUUCAUUCCUGU